AUGUCAUCAUAUUCUGGUAAACUUCAUAAAUAUAAUGAAAGAUUAACAGCUUUUGAAUUCACUUCAAAUCCAACAGAUAAUGUAAUCAUAUUUAUUGGUGGUCUUGGUGAUGGAUAUUUAACAGUUCCAUAUGUACCACAACUUAUUAAAUCUUUACCUAACAAUUGGUCAUUAUUUCAAGUUUUAAUUAGUUCUUCACAUCAAGGUUGGGGUACAGGUUCAUUAGAUCGUGAUGUUGAUGAAUUAAAACAAUUUGUUGAUUAUUUACGUGGUCUGGGAAAGAAGAAAAUUGUUUUACUUGGUCAUUCAACUGGGACCCAGGAUUCUUUCCAUUAUGCUAUAAAGCAAAAAUCUUAUGGUAUUGAUGCAAUUAUUUUACAAGCUCCUGUUAGUGAUCGUGAAGCUGCUUAUAAAAAAGCUAAAAAAAUUGGAUUAGAUUUAGAUUCAUAUAAUAAAGAAGCUCAAGAAAUUUUUGAAACUGAAGGUGCUGAUGCUUUAUUACCAAAAAGAUUUUCAAAUUUCUUAUUUAAUGCUAGUUCUUUAAGUGCUUAUAGAUGGUUAUCAUUAACUAUACCAAAUGGGGAUGAUGAUUAUUAUUCAACAGAUUUAAAAGAUGAAAGAUUAUCCCAGACUUUUGGAAAAUUAACUAAACCAACUUUAAUUCUUUAUUCUGGUAAUGAUGAAUUUUAUCCUGAAGGUAUUCAAUUUGAAAAUGUUUUAAAAAGAUGGGAAAGUUUUACUAAACCAGGUAUUUGGUCAAAAUAUAGUUUAAUUAUUGAUGGUGCUACUCAUAAUAUUGGUGAAGGUUCUAAAGAAGGUGGUGUUGAAGUUUUAAUUAAACAAGUUAAUUCAUUUAUUAAUGAGUUAUGA